AUGUCGACAGAAAGCGUACUGUGUGAUUAAGGUUAUGUGUGAUAACUUUCGACGCGUAGCAUUUUUAGUAAACAACAGAAAGCAAUAUAACUUUAAUAAUACGUGAGUGACAUUUUUGACAUUUAAUUUAAUCGCAAUGUUUGAGGCGCACAGCAUCAAUGCGGAACAUAAAGAUCUCAUACAUGAUAUUGCUUACGAUUAUUAUGGUGAACGCAUGGCGACAUGCUCCAGCGAUCAAUUUGUUAAGGUCUGGGACGAAGAUGAACAUGGAAAUUGGCAUUUAACUGCUUCUUGGAAAGCUCAUAGCGGUUCAGUGUGGAAAGUUACUUGGGCACAUCCAGAAUUUGGUCAGGUGCUUGCUACAUGUUCAUUCGAUCGUACUGCUGCUGUUUGGGAGGAAAUUGUUGGUGAAGGUUCUGGCCCAGAGGCACGCGGCAGUAAACACUGGAUUAAAAGAACAAACUUAGUUGAUUCACGUACCUCUGUUACUGAUGUAAAGUUUGCACCAAAGACUUUAGGCCUUUUAUUGGCUACUUGUAGCGCAGAUGGAUUUAUUCGAAUAUAUGAGGCACCAGAUAUCAUGAAUUUGAGUCAAUGGACAUUACAACAUGACAUCAAUUGUAAACUUUCAUGUAGCUGUCUUACGUGGAAUCCAUCUCUCUCAAGAUUACAUCCACCCAUGAUAGCAGUUGGUAGCGAUGACUCAAAUCCAUUGCUUGGUGCAAAAAUUUUUAUUUACGAAUAUUCUGAAAGUAGUAGGCGUUGGGUGAAGGCUGAGACAUUAUCGAGCAUUACAGAUGCAGUUUAUGACAUUGCAUUUGCUCCUAAUUUAGGCAGGAACUUUCAUACAUUGGCUAUAGCCACGAAAGAUGUACGGAUAGUUACCUUGAAACCAAUACAGGAUAGUAUGCAGACUGGUGUGUCACAUUUUGAAACAAAUGUAGUUGCACAAUUUGAUGAUCAUUACUGCACUGUAUGGCGUGUUAGCUGGAACUUUAUGGGAACGAUUUUAGCGAGUUCCGGUGAUGAUGGCUGCGUUCGAUUGUGGAAGGACAAUUAUAUUAAUCAUUGGAAAUGUAUUUCUGUACUCAAAGGAGACGGUACCCCUGUUCAAGGUGCCGAAACUCCCGUUUUAGCAACUCCGCCAAAUUCAUCUACGCCAGCGCAACAGACGCCGUCUACCACCAGGGCUCCAAGCAUAACUACAGUUACGGCGGAAAAACCAACAGUUACCGUCAUGUGCAGUAAUAAAUGGCAACCGCCCGUUAUAAAGGGGCGUUUUAGAAAAUCGGUAUGGCUGGGUAAUCCUAGCGAAUUGACACCGCCACCGUUGCCGUUUAUAGCAAAGAAAUAAUUGAGAAACAAUUCUUUGCAAGCUAACAUAUUGCGCAAUGCGAUAUAGUAUUAUUUAAAAUAAGUGCAUAUAUGUCGAUUAAUUUUAACUCUAUAAUAACACAUAAUCUGGCAUACUUUCGUGCGAUAAUGCAAAAUUGUU